UGUUUAUUUUCUGAAUAUUUCGCAGAAGAAGAAUCCGGAUAACGUCCUUUCCGAUUGUCUCUAGGAAAAUCUCGCAUGACACUCUGCUUACGCCGAUGUUCUCGGCCUGGGUCGGUCUCCCUCCUACCGCGCGAGUUCGCGUCGGAGAAGACAUUCACCUCGAGGAGAGCCAACUCCCAGCCAGCCAGGUAUCGUUACCUGCGGCUACGCGUUUCCUGCGUCCCAGCUUCGCUCGAGCGAGUCACUUUUACGCUCGUGGCGUCAGUACGCGUUGCAAUCCGCAUCGCGACAACUACUCGACAACACAAGUAUUCUCGCGUUAUCGUUGAUUGCCGUUCCUGAACAUGAUCUCCGGACAUGGUCAAGUGAUUGACGCAUGGAUCUAGUGACAGUUCUGCUUCUUGAUGCACUCCAAAUGUUAUUUUCAACGGAUAUUAUCUUGAACAUCCUGCGAACUUUGUAAGCUUUAUCUUGAGGAAUGUAAUCGUGGGAACCAAACUUAGUAUUGAUCCUCAAGAUGAUUCCAUCCGAUUGCAUUCUGGAUAUAUCCAACGUGUUUCAUUCCACCUCUGUAGUAAUCGAAGGAAGUUGCAUUAAUAAAUCCGAACCUACCGCGGUACUCAGAGAUGUAUCAGCCCGUGUUCACGGCGGGGAAGUCUUAGCCAUUCUAGGAUCGAAAGGUUCCGGCAAGCGAGCUCUCCUCGAUGUUAUCGCUGGAAGGGCAGAGGGGGAGACGAGAGGGAGGAUCACUUUAAAUAGCAAUCUAUUGACACCGGAGUUGUUUCGACGUCACGGCGGCUAUGUAGCCCACAGGUGUCAUCUGCUACCGAGUCUAACGGUACGUCAGACCCUGACAUACGCCACAUGGCUGGGCAAUCUAAGCAAUCGCGAGGCCCGGGUGCGACAGACCCUCGCCGAUCUGGCGCUGUCGCAGGUCGCCAACAGGUCGGUGAACGAUCUCACCAGGGCAGAGUAUCGACGACUGAUGCUGGGGGUGCAAUUGGCUAAGGAUCCGACUCUGUUGCUGCUGGACGAGCCGACCUGGGACACGGAUCCACUCAACACCUAUCUCAUCGUCUCGAUGCUGUGGUCCUACGCCACCAGACGCGGCUCCAUCGUUGUCCUCACCAUGGAGACACCUAGAUCCGAUGUGCUGCCCUUUGUUAGUCGAGUGACACUGUUGUGUCUGGGCGCGGUCGUCUAUUCAGGACCUACCAGGAGCAUGCUGGAUUACUUCACCUACAUCGGCUUCCCUUGUCCAGAACUGGAGAAUCCCUUGAUGUAUUAUCUCUGCUUGUCGACCGUCGAUCGCCGCUCCAGAGAUCGCUUCUUAGAGUCGAAUCAACAAAUCUCGGUCUUGGUCGAGAAAUUCAAGGUGGACGGAGUGCUUUACAUGAAGGAAGCGCCGCAGAUAUCGCACAGCAUGAAAGAUGUAGCCCUCGGCAUCAUGCAUAAAGGUCUAGGUCGCGGAAUUAAGCCUGGAUGCUUCUCGACUCUUUUAGCACUGUACUUACGAAGUAUGGCAGCUACGUUCUCCUUGAAUAAGACUGGCCUGGGACAUUUUGCCGCUCGCCUGCUGUUGCUGCCGUUUCUGGUGGCCUUAAUGAGUAUACUGUAUUCGCAUUCAAGUCCCGUACAAUCAAGGAUAUUUUUACAGACCGGUGGUUUGAUCUUCAACGUCUUGACGUUAUUUUACGCGGCCGGGAUAGCCGUGACAUCGCUUUUGUUUCCAGGUUUUCGCGUGAGAUAUUAUCAAGAAAAGCGAGAGGGUCUCUACGGUGGUGCGAUGUUUCUGACGGCAUACACCCUGCUGAGUCUUCCGCUGAGCUUCAUAUCGACUCUGAUAACAAUCGGGAUUCUGAUUCCGAUUCUCGAGUUAGACCUAUCCUCGUGGGCAUACGCUUCCGGAAUUCUGUGGUCCAGCUAUGUGGCGGCCGAGCAAGUGACGGUAGCCGUGCUUAUGGUAAUCGGUCGUCCCAUAACCGGUGCGAUUACGGUCUUAUACAUGAGCUUGUUGUCCCUGGUGAUCGCAUCCGGCGCGAUUCGCAGUCUGAAGAAUCUACCCUACUGGCUGACGAUGGUGUCGACGGCGCUACCGACCAGAUAUGCGUCUCUAGCACUGAACCAGUUGGUCGUCGAUACGCCUCUCUUGUCCAAUCUGCCUUACAAUGAGAGCUUGGCUUGUCCAGGUUCUGCCGAAUUCUGCAGGUAUCCCGAUGGCAAAACUUAUCUGAUAGAACGCUUCACUAGGGAGGGCGAGAAUAUAUCUGAAGUGUUGAACGUAGACCUAAAUCUGCUGAUCUCCUUAGCAUUCGCUGUCGGUCUCAUUAUAUUAAACAGUGUCUUGUAUCUGUUGCCACUACCUGCUAGAGUGAAGGCUAAAUUUAGAGAAUAAUAUUCAUCAUUGUAUUGCAUCGAUAAUCGAAUAUUUACUCAUAUUUAAAGCUGAAUGAUCCGCUAAUUUCAAUUUUCAAUGUACAUAAAAUUGUAAAUAACGUAAAAAUUAAAACUAUCCCGUACGAUCGAGAAAAAAAUGUAAUAAAAAAUAUUAAAACUUUUUAUUGCAUAAUAUAUUACAAAAUAUUAUUUCAUUUAUUAUUAUAUAAUUUAUAAUAAUUAUCAUUUGUAAUGCUACUAAUGAUAUAACGUAUGCAAUAUUGCAACUUUGCUUACACACAAUGCCACACAGACAUCGUAUAUUAAAUUGUUUUUGUACAUAGAACAAAAGAAAUCCAUAUGUACAUUUAAAAAACGAAUCAUUGAUUCUCGUGUAGAAUAAUGCACUUAACACAAUAGAUAUUUAACAAUAGUAAUCAUAACACUUAUCGAAUAAUUUAAAAGUUACAUUAUAUUAUAUGAGAUAAUAUCAUCUGUAAAAAACAGAAACUUUACAAGAAUUAAUAGAAACAAAAUUAUGCAAUUUAAAUAACAGUCCUUUUUUUGAUUACAUACAUUUGUAUAGCAAUAUUUUCGUGAAAUGCUCAAUUGUGAAAGCAAUAUUUUCGUGAAAUGCUCAAUUUUUUUACAUUAGGACUUAUAUAUAUAUAUAUAUAUAUAUAUAUAUAUAUAUAUAUAUAUAAUUGUAAGAGAUAUAAAAAAAAUUCGCUUUUUUAUUAUUUAUAACUUAUGAAACAUAUUUGCAAUUCACGAUUCAUCAACUUCAACUUGUCUCAUUUCUUUAAGAUCGUCGGCAACGCUAAAUUCACAACCUGUUGAACUCACAACCUCACUGAUAUCGAUAUUAGCGGCAAUUUC